AUGAACUCUUUCAGCAGACUACGAAAGCGCUUUAAAGAACGACGUUUCCAUUUCGAAUUUGGUUUACAUUUCAGAAACUUUAUCCAUCGAGUAGUGUCUGCUGUAUAUCCAUAUGCAAAAAAAGUCCUACCCAACUUCCGUGCAGUCCAUUAUUUUUAUAUUUUGUCAUGUGCCAUUAUAGGAUCCAUCCUUGUUUACCCAGUAAAAACAGCCCGUUAUAUUGAUAUCUUGUUUUUAACGAGUGGUGCUUCAACACAAGCCGGUUUGAACACGGUGAAUCUUGUGGACCUUUCACUAUAUCAACAAAUUGUACUAUUCUUGUUGGCUUCACUCACCACCCCCAUUUUCAUUCAUGGUUCUUUGCUUUUCGUGAGAUUGUACUAUUUUGAGCGUCAUUUUGAUAAUAUCAAAGAGAAAUCCAAGUUGGAUUUCAAGAUGCGAAGGUCCGCCACAUUGGCAAGAACACGAUCCGGGACUUCCAUGGAUUCAACACGUGUAAACACAAACAACAACAAGGGGUUGGGAAUCUACGAUCAUGAAAAAGAAGCAGAUACUUCAGGCUCACCGCAGUCUUCAACCCUGACUAAUAAGCACGCAGGCAGUGCUGAUACCAAUAAUGACGUUGAGCAUAUGACGGAGCCUUCAGACGAUGAGAAAGAUGUAAACGAACGAUUGAAUCACAGAAGAGACGCAGACGAAGAGGAGGAUGUUGAAACUUAUUCUGCUGGACAGUAUAAUAGCCAUAACAACAAUAACAAGAGCAACAACAAUAAGAACGAUAAGAACGAUACUAUCAACAAUAUCAAUAGUAGUAGCAGCAAGACCCAAGGAAUCAAAUUUGGUGCUUUGCCUCACCCGCCAAAAAGAAAGAAAUCAAUAGACCCAGAGGAUAUGUUGAGAUCCAUCAAUAUGUUGCAGGAGAAACAAAAACAGAAGCAAAAGCAAAACCCACACAGUAUUCAAUUUGUAAACGUUAGCUCGCCGAGUCGCGAGAGAAGAGAACAAGCAGAUCAUUCGAAUUACAAUAAUGAUCAUCAUCAUCAUCAUCAUCAUCAUCAAAUGCACAAUAGACUGAUGGACCAUGAGAUUAGUUCAAAACAUGGAGAGUUUAGCCACGAUGACGUUAAUAAUGAUGAUAGCAACAACAACAACAACAACAACAAUGACAAUAAUGACAGUCGUAUUCACCAUGAUGAUGAUGAUGACGAUGACGAUGACGAUGAUGUGCUCAUCAUCAAACCACCAAAUGAGGUUGAACAUUUUGGUAGCCACAAUUCAAUUUUUACUAAAAAGCACAAUCACUCUACUCUUCAUUUUAAAGAACCCAUUAUGAAGAAAAAGUGGUUACAAGGCGGAGUUAAUGCUAGAAAACAUUAUCGUCCAUGGACAAGCAAAUUGAGGAAAACAUUUUCAAAUAGGCGGUUUUCGACUGCCUCGAGUGACAUUGAAGAUGACGAUGCUUCCAUCGAUUCCGAACAUGAUAUGUCGCAUAGAUCAGAAGACGAUGGGGAUGGUGGCGAUCAAGAUGAAGAUGAAGAAGACGAGGCUGAAGAUGCUGACGAUGAGAAUGACGAUGAUGACGAUGGAUUAUCUGACGCACAUUACGAAGAUGAAAAUGCUAUAACUGAAGACGAUGAUGAUGAAGAAGAAGAAGAAGAUGAUGAUGAUGAAGACAGACGCAGAACAGGUAGCUCGAGGCAUAAGGUAAGAUCCACUAGCAGAACAAUACAUCCAACGCAGAGUAUCGGUCUGAAUGAUGUAGAACUAGGCAACAUCAAGUACUUGAAUGCAAAGCCAGCAAGAAAAUCCGGUAAGACAAAAACCCCUGCUAGAAGAAGGAGAAAACGAAGAUUUGAUGUGAAAAAAAUCAAAACGCCCAGUUUGUACCCAUCAUUGUCGAACCAUAGUGGAGCAAUAAGACCGACAAAUACUAGCGAGUCGACACAUUCCAAUGGACUUUCACGUACAAUGAGUGGGAAUUAUCUAUCUUGGACACCAACCGUUGGGCGAAACUCCACUUUUAUUAAAUUGACAGAGGAACAAAAGGACGAACUAGGAGGUAUUGAAUACAGAGCAGUGAAAUUAUUAAUCAAAAUUAUUGUCAUCUACUAUCUCGGUUUUCAUAUUGUUCCUGGAAUCAUGUUUAUAAUCUGGGUUUAUUGUAUGCCAAACUACAAAAAGAUGUUAGAUGGUCUUUCCAUUGUCCCCGCUUGGUGGGCAUUUUUCACCAUGAGUUCCUCAUUUAACGAUUUGGGGUUCACGUUGACUCCUGACUCGAUGCUGUCCUUUAACCAAAAUGCCUUUGUACAAGUGGUGAGCUCUUUUUUGAUUGUUAUUGGAAAUACCGGGUUCCCUGUAUUUUUGCGGUUUAUUAUAUGGGUGUUGUUCAAGACGGCAAGGCCAUUGUCUCUUUACAAAGAAUCAUUGGGCUUUUUAUUGGACCAUCCUCGUCGUUGUUUUACUUUAUUAUUUCCACUGUUGCCUACAUGGUGGUUGUUCUUUAUCUUGGUUGUCUUGAAUGGUUUUGAUUUGGUGAUUUUCUGUAUUUUGGACUUGAGAAAUGCAAUUUUUGAUGGUAUACCAAUGGGCUACAGAGUGCUUAAUGGUUUGUUCCAGGCUUUUUGUACACGAACAUCAGGGUUGUCAAUUAUGGAUUUGUCUCAACUUCACGCGGCAACAUUGGUGAGUUAUAUGAUCAUGAUGUAUAUCUCGGUGCUUCCCAUUGCCAUCUCUGUGAGAAGAACCAAUGUUUACGAAGAGCAAAGUUUGGGUGUGUAUGCACCAGACGAAGGAACUAAAGAAGCUGAUGAAAAAGUUCCUGCAAAUUAUGUCGGUGCACACUUGCGGAAUCAACUUUCCUACGAUCUAUGGUAUGUUUUCCUUGGUUUGUUCAUUAUUUGCAUUGCUGAGGGACAUAGAAUUCAAAAACAGGAUAUCCGUUUUCUGGUUUUCCCAAUUUUGUUCGAAAUUGUUAGUGCAUACGGUACUGUUGGUAUGUCGCUUGGAUACCCCGACUCCAGUACUUCGUUGAGCGGACAGUUUAACGUUAUAUCAAAGCUUGUCAUUAUCGCAAUGAUGAUUCGUGGAAGACAUAGAGGCUUGCCAUAUGCAAUUGACAGAGCUAUAAUGUUACCAGAUGCCGAUAUGAGAAGACACGAUAGAAUGCAAGAGAAUCAUGCUUUGAAAAGGCAUCAAACUAUGGAAAGAACCGGUACUUUGGGCCGCGUUGCUACAAUGACUGGUAACCCCAUGGACGGAGGCCAUAAUCUAUUAACUCGUGUUUUAACUAAUGUCAAUGACUUUAUAGAUGCCAGAAGGAGAAAUAGUGCAGCUCAGUCAAAUUUCGACGAACCAAGCGAUAGUUCUGAAGAAAACUCUAUCCAUGCUGUUGAUCCACAUUAUCACGUCACAACUGUCGACCAUGUAUAG